UCCGUAGCCAUUUUGGCUCAAGGACACGUCCACUCGUGCAGAGUCGCCUUUGCGAAAGCGAGCGAUGACAGACUCCGAUGACAAGCUUGCGCGGGUGCCGAUUGUUCAAAGUGAUGGUCAAGAUGUAGAGUCGGUGGCGUGGUUGCUCCUCACGAUUGCUCCACACUGCUGCGCCACUGCAAGUGAGGCCCGAAAGCAGAGGUGGUUGCUCCGCACUGCCCACAGCUUAGUAGCAAUUUGCCUGUACGCAGCGAGCAUGUGGAUACAAACAUUGACGCAGCAGGUCUGGUUAGACUUCGCGCUGGUGUUUAUCUUUAUGCCGCUGUACCAUCUUACGUCACGGAAUGGUGCCGGUGGCUAUUACAACACCUUCCUAGAGCAGUUCACGGAGCUGCCGCAGCACUUGCGAGACAUUCGCCGCCGUUUCGCAAAUGAUGGAGCUUACCAGGCGAACAUCGAGCGCGAGCGUGAGAGUGGCACGGCUAGGACUGUCAACGCUGUGGAGUCGGGCAUACUGUUCCUCGGUGUUAAGGCGGGAAGCUUGCUCCUCGCCGCUACGGCUCUCGGCUGUCACCGCGGCCUGCCACACGUGGAUCGUGCUUGCGGCCGCGUGUGGCUUGCUCUUGAGGCAGUUGCGUUUUGCGUUGUUCAUCGAACAGUGGGCGCGAACGUCUUCAGGGGCAGCUACGGGGGGCUCAUCCAGCCAGAAGGAAUGUGGAAGCUCUCCAGUGUGAGGGACCCUGGGACAGGCAAGGUCACUUGCACCGCGAUCCCCCUGGAACAGCACCCAGACCCUUCGUACUGAUAGCUUACAUGGAGAGUUUGAAGUUCAUUCCAAGCUCACGCGCACACCGUGAAGUGAGUGUCAGAAUGCAGGGCGUGGAUUGCUUGCAUUGCAGAGCCAUGGCUCCAGACGGCGUCGUCAUCUAUCAUAGCUUGUGCAGCGUGAAAAUAACGCGUCAACAGUGACGACCUCGGAGAAAAGGUCAAGACAUCAUUACAAAAGCAUGUUGGAACGCAUCGUCAUGACAUAAUCUCCUGCCCGAGGUCCGGUCCCAUUCUCCUGGACGGGCAGGCCGGUGCAUGAUGCCCAUGACUGUUGGGUUAAAGGCUCUUUCAGUUGUUGUGGCAUGUGCGGCUGCUGACCGCAGAGGACUUCGAGACUAGUUCUCGAUCUUUGCGACGCCAUGAUCAAAGGCGUCGCUAAUCUCACCAGUUACCAGCGUGAGGGGCUGCAGAGGCUCAAACGAGGCCUCCCCCGAAGAAGCUGUGCAGUGGCUCGGGUCCUUAUCUGGACGGCCAGAGUGAGUUAUAGCCUCUUAGUUUGUAUCGCCUAUGCGUCAAACCUCUCGGAUAUUUUGCUUGUAGACGCGCACUGCAG